GUUUGUGGUCUGAGACCAUACCACCAGAGGAUCACAAGUGGAUUGGCAAAAGGCUUUUCAAAAUUGGAUCCAAAGGAAAGCCAGCACUUCGUGAUGACCUCCAGCUCUGGUAUUACCCCCCACAACCAGCACUUAUUUACAAUCAGGCUCCAGCUCCAGACAGAUUCUUUUGUCAUACUCUUCUGCUGUGGAUGCCAUACAAGCUGUGGAUGGUUAAGGUUCUCUGUCCCAAUCCAGCCUGCGGACAACAUCAGCUGACAGGAGGUGGUCUGCACAAAAGGGCACGGCAGGUUCUAGACAUUGACAGAACAUACAAUAUGGUCACAGAAACCCUUAUCUGUACAAAGUGUAGAGCCUCACAUGUGUCCUGGAGUCAGACUGUCCUGCAACAGCUAGAUCUGGGCCAUCGCUCUGAGUUUCAGGUCAUCCUCACGCGGAAGUAAGCCUGUGAUAUGCGGGUCAUCAGGCUCUUGCGUGAGCGUGGCUUAGGCAAUAGUCCCACUAGGGUGAUAAAGCAGCUUUGUGAAAACCACAGCGAGCAGUGGCUCCAUCGUCUGGCCCGGUACACCACACAAUGUGUUGACUUCCUCAAUCAACCCGGGGUGAUGCCAGUAAAUUUCCAGGAGCCCCCAGAGCCUACGGUGGUGCCAAGCUCCAAGUGGUUGCUCACCGUUUACAGCCAAGACAUUCUGACCAGGCUGGAUGAAAUCCAUGCCAGAAUAACAUCCACCUAUGGCUCUGUCUUGAAGAUGGAUUCUACUAAAAAGAUCACCAAGAAGCUGGCUGGGACAGCGAGGGGAACGGGACUCUGGCUUACCUCUGUUGGCAACGAGUUUGGUCAGGUGCUCAUAAGUGUGCUGACAGCCCAGGAAGGAGCAGGACUUGACAUGAUGGUAGACGGUCUGGUGAAAAGAUACCAGCAGGCUGGUGUAAAUCCACCUUCUGUGUUGUACGUGGACUGUGGGUGCUGCAGUGAGGUGAGCGAGAGCAAGCUGAAAACCAGGUUUAGGGGCUGGCCAGAUCUCAUGAUACGCUUGGACAUCUGGCAUUUUAUGCGCAGGAUUGCCUUGGGGUGUACAACUGAUGCCCAUCAGUUGUACCCCAUUUUCAUGUCACGGCUAUCAGCAUGCAUCUUUGAAUGGGAUGCAGCUGACGUCUCUAUCCUUCGCAAAGCAAAGAGAGAGCUGUUGAUGUCCCAGGGUUGGCCUGCGCUGACAGAUGAAGAUGUAAACAAGCAUCUGACCAGGGAGGAGCUGGCUCUACAUUGCCGGAGGAGGACCCGUGGAGAGGAGACUACCAUCCUUCUCCUUGAACAACUGCUUACAGAACUCCUGAGCAGCAAGGGAAAUGACUCUCUGGGUGUUCCUCUCUUGGAUCGAGAAAGGAUGGAGCACAUCUGGUGUGUCCAAAAGAAGCACAUCAAGUGUAUCCAAGACCCUCUUGGUGUUGCCCUCUAUACUGAGACCGGGAGCCUAACCAAGGGAGGUGUGCUUCUGAAGACUUACAGAUGUGCCAGAGGCUCCACUUCUCUUGAAUCCUUUCAUUUACACCUUAACCGUUUCAUCCCAGCUAUGUAUUUGUCGAACACACACUGCAUGUGCAAAGAAAGAACAUUUAAGUGUCUGUGUGUUUAACAUUGCCUAAAAACUGUUGUCUGUUUACAGGGACCAGUGCAAACAGUCUGAACUUUCAGAUUUAUUUGUUGGAGGGUCUACACAGGUGGAACCAGGAUCGGGAGGCAGCUUCCAUGUCAUCUGAGUCAUCAGCUUUACGCAGCUACACAGGAGAACUUGUUCACUGUGUAAACAGCAAUUAUGAAAAGCUGUUUGGCAGGAAAGUAGUCCCCACGUUUUGUCCCCCUGCACGUUACACCGGUGAGCUCAUUGGAGUGCAGUAUCUAUUCCAGCAGACUGGUCAGGCACUGCAGGACAUGAACCCAGACUCUGAAGAGACGGCAGAGCUCAUCGAGGAACUUAAUGUGGAGGAGCGAGAUGAAGAUGAGGGCUUCUGUGAUGUCAGCGAGGAUCAGACAAUUGCAGAUCCCGAGGAUGUUCUGUCACCUCCCUCCUCCACUCUGACACUGGGUUCUUCCACCGUGGUCACCAGCAGUGACACGGCUGUACUGGGUUCCACAUCCCCUUCACUGGUCCCUGAUCCUACACCUGCUCCUUCAUCACCUGGACCCUCGGGGACUGCUGUGCCACCUUUUCCCUCUGAAACAUCUGUUUCACCACUCUCCUCAGAGCCAGAGGAUGCUGGUCAGGAUGAUGAUGACGAUGAAGAGACUGCUGUUGACUACCAAAAUGUUCCGGGAUACCAACAUGUUGACAAGCUGGCCGAAUAUCUGGUGGAGCUCCGGGGUCACACAGCCCUUAGCCUGACCAAUCAGGAAGCCAGCACCAUAAUUGAACUUUGGCAGAACCUGGCUGACCAGGACAAGCAACGGGUGGUGUAUGCAGCUAGACACCAGAAGAGACUGCUGAGUGGACGCUUCAGAGUACCAAAGAGGCCCACUAAAACCCCAGGAGUAGAGAGCACCAUCAGAAGUGUGCUGGGAGCAAGCAGCGCACCUGCUCAGUGGCCUGACUGUUGCCGUCUGGUGGAAACCAUCUUCAUCAGGCUUUGCAAUACCCACCCAAGCCCCAAGAGAAAAGGCAAGGGAACGCUGUCGAGAUGGUCUCUAAUCCUCCAGGAUUACAGGAGGAUAAGGCAGCUUGUACUGGGCAACAGCUUGGUGAUGGGAGGAACCUCAAUGCAGCUGGUGGAGGUUAACCAGAAUACCCUGAUUCAGUGGUAUAACAACAGACAGAAAAAGCAGGAACUGUCUGUGCUGAUUCAGGGCAUUCAGUUGCCUCAGCCCCUCCCUGAAGCUCAGGAACCUCUCCAGGCUGCCAAACGCCUACGGACUGAGCCAGAACAAUCAGGGGAGCAGCACCAGUACAAGCUACCAGAGAGCACAGCAGGUCAGGCAAAACAGAGGCACACCUCUACUGGGCGACCUCCUCUCAGACCCAAGGCACCAACACAGACUACUAUGUUGGUUACGCCAUCAGCACCUGGAGCAUCAGUGCAGAUGGUACCCAAUAUACUUAUACCUGCAGCACCAGGUUUCCCGGGUGUGCCAAUGCUUCAGGGUGUGCCAGUGUGCCAGGGCAUGCCAAUGGCUCAAAGACUGCCAAUGGUCCAGGGCACGCAAAUGGUCCAGGGCAUGCCAAUGGUCCAGAGGAUGCCAAUGGUUCAGGGAAUGCCAAUGGUUCAGGGAAUCCCGAUGGUCCAGGGAAUGCCAGUGGUUCAGGGGAUGCCACUGUUACAUCCUACAGUUGUGCAGGGCACAAGUUCACAACCAGCUGCCAAUCCCCAAACCAUGCCUAAGAGACCCUACAAGAGAACUGUAGAGGCGAACACUUGCAAGAAAUGCGGACAUUUCAAAACCAGUGCAACAGGACAUAGCCAGUACAGAGGCAAAGUAUACUGCCCACAGUCUGAAACUGUUACAAAAGAACAGUGGUUAGAGGAAAUGCGGAGAACUGUUCCCAAAUAAUGUAUAUAUUUUUAUUUAUUGUAGUGUGUAUAUAGUUGUUUAAAUAUAGUUCACUAUAGUUAAUAUUUGUGUUGAACAUUAUUUAAUAUUUUAUUUACUGCUUUUUAA